AGAAGAAGCAAAAGAUGCAUCCAACCAUGUAUGAUGAUCAGAUUUCAUCAGAGAGAUUAAGAUGCAGCCAAAGGCUCCUUUCUGCAAAAGAGUCUCAAGCACUGCUUUCCUUCAAAAAGUUGCAGGCUCAAACUUUUCCAGAGUCAUCCUCCUCAGGUACUCAGAGUGACUCAGAGGAUCAUUUUGACAAAAAGUCCAAUUCCUUGACUGCAGAUCUGUCGUGGGUCAACUGCCGUCGACAAAAGAGAGUUCCCAUCGGGCCAUAUUUUCAAACAGAAGUACCAGAAUGGACCGGGGAGGCUCAUGAAAGUGAUUCUAAAUGGUUGGGUACCAAAGUUUGGCCACUGGAAAAAGGAGAGCAGAGUAAAUAUUUGAUUGAAAGGGAUCGCAUUGGAAAAGGAAGACAGGAUUCAUGUGGCUGCCAAUUCCCAGGUUCCCUCGAGUGUGUCAGAUUUCAUGUUACUGAGAAAAGGAUGAAGAUGAAACUUGAAUUGGGAAUGGCCUUUCAUCGUUGGAAAUUUAACAAGAUGGGGGAAGAAGUUGCACUCUCUUGGACAAAAGAAGAAGAAAAGGAAUUCCAUGCUAUGGUGCAGUCAAACCCUCCAUCUCUGGAUAAGCGUUUCUGGAAUGAAAUUUUUAAGUCCUUCCCUAGAAGAAGCAGGGAAGAAUUGUUCAGCUAUUACUACAAUGUUCUCCUCCUCCGGUGCAGGGGUCGCCAAAAUAGGUCUUUCUCAAGUGACAUUGACAGUGAAGAUGAUGAAUCGGUGUAUGCAUCCUUAUAUAAACGUCUUGAGAAUGAAGGAAUCAAGCCCCCUGGCUCUAUAUUUUGUUCCCCAAAGAAGACACAUUUGAAUUUCAGAUAGUGUGCGCAAAGCUGCAUUGGCACCAUAGGCUUGGCUUAGAAAUGUAAAUUGCAGCAUUUUUUUGUGGUUUUUUUUUUUGGCAAUUUUUGAUGAAAAAGAUGUUUUUCUCACCAAUUACUGGACCGAGGUUAUAGUGGCAUUCGAAAAGUCUAACUUAAGGAUUUCAAUUAGGAAGGGAAUAUGGGAGAGAUUAUGAGGCAUUGAUGGUGGUGGAAGCAAUUAAUCAGAGGCUUGCGCAACUGGGGCUGAUUAGCUCCUUUUUUAGUUCAUGUUUCCCUGGCUCUCAAGAUACUAUUCCCAUCUAUCCAUUAAUGGGUCACCUAAUACAGGUACUAUUACUUCAUUCUCCAUUUUUUCUCUUCUGAAGUCAAUAGCUUUAGGAUCUUGUGGAAAGAACCCAAAUGAUGAAGUUGAAUAGAUCAAAAGAGAAUGAAGAAUAGUUGGUCUCUCCUAUGCAAAAAAGCAUGCACUUCUGUUGUGAGGGUCUUUAAACAUAGUUUAGUGAAUUCCUUUUGCCUCAGGCUUCUGCAUAUCUGUUUCCCUUGUUACAUGAUACCUUGGAUUUCUGCGUGAACACGCUUGUCUGUUGAAAGUGUAAUGAACCUUGUGAUAUUCCUUUUUUGUUACAUGAUACCUUGAGAUUAUAUGACUAUUAAUGAAGUUGAUAUUCCUUUUUUGUUA